AUUGCUACACAACUACAGAACCAAACAACCAGGAAAAGACUGAAUGAGCUGCAGUCACACCCUCAUAUAUAGAAAGAGACAGACUGACUGUAAUAAGUCCUGCACUACACAGAUUGUUCACUAGAGGUCUCUUCUUCCUCAAAGUCAUCAUGAAGAAGGAAGUGAUAGUUGUGGUGUGAAGCUGCUUGUAGACACACUCACUCUAACCAAUAGUUCAUUCUGUCUUCAGUCUGUAAGAAGACUGCUGACGAUUUUAACCUCCAUUCAUUCAUGUUUAGGACAUUUGAUAAAGUCUCACAGUAACAGCUGUAGCUUUAAUAAGUUCAUGAGAAGAAUCAACUUCCUGAUCAGACGCUGGAGUCGACAACAGUCAUGUUCUUGGUAGAAGCUGGAUGUUUGAUUAUGACUUUGAUUCUGAACAUCUCAGGAGUUCAGGGGAAACCAACCAGCAUCUGUGCCUUAAAGGGUUCAUCAGUGACUCUGUCCUGCUCAGGUCAACGUCACACUGCAAACAAGAGAUGGUACAUUGUCUACAUGAGUGGUUCAAUGUAUGUUCCUACUGAGAUCUCUACAGAUGGGAAUCAAGGAAAGUACAGUGUGUCAGAAGAGAGUAACUUCACUCUGACAAUCAAUGAUCUAAAAGAAGAUGAUAUAAACUAUUACUGCUGCACAGAAACUAACAAACUAGACAACUGCAGCCGAAACAUAAUUUACCUCCAUGUUACAGACCUGCAGGUAAAGGUGAUUCCUGCCACAGAGGGACAGACAGUGACACUGAUGUGUAGCACCAGUUGUCCUCGGACUGAAAACCUUGCAGCCUACAUCUGGUACAAGAACAGAGAGUUUCUCUAUGAGGACUGGUCUCCCUGGUACCAAGAGCUGGUCAGCAGUGAGGAAGCAGUCACAUACUCCUGUGCUGUCAAAGGCUACGAGGAUCUCAGAGCCCCUGAAGUCUCAGUGGAUUCAGUCACUCCGACCUGCUUCAGUGUGACCUACGCUAAAGGGAGAAUGUGUUCUUAUCAGCAGACGUCAGUAGAUGAGUCCUGCUCCAUCACAUAUCCCAGAGAAAUCCACGUCCAAAGGAUUCCUACAGACAAACCAGGUCAUAUCAGACUGACCUGUAACACCAGCUGUCUUCAUACUGACAAUCUGACUUCAUUUAUGUGGUUUAACAACAGACAAAGAGUCGGAGACAAGGAGAAACAACAAGUUUUAGUUACCAACACUUACAAAGGAAGUUUGUCUUGUGCUCUAAAAGGUCUUGAGGAUCUGCGCUCUGCUGACGUCUGUGAGUAUGAACCAACUUAUGAUUUAAGUAUCUUUUUAAAUGUUUUUAGUCACUGGAGAAGGUCCUGGUUUCAAACAUUUCUAUCUUCUAGGAAGUUGACAUCUUGCACCAGGGAUGAAUAAUGAUUUAAAGAUUAUUCAA